UUCCCCAACCGCGGAUAUACCAUCAAGUACACGGUACUUUGUAGAUUACACUAGUGCUGGUUACUACGGACCACUUCCUGGCUGGCCAAUGCCUUUUCCGCCAUAUCCAGAUGGCGGCCAAUAUCCAACAAGCGCCGCUAUGAGUGGAGGAGAUGAUACAGAGGAAGCACCUCUAUGUAGAGAAACUGAUAUUCCAUGUACCUCUGGAAUAGGUGAAGAAAGCAAAGAAGAUAGACCAAAUUUACAAGAAACUGAGGAAGGCAUUGUUGGGACACCGCAGUUAGAGGAUGACGUUGGUGGUGAUAUGAUUGAAGAGCCAAAGUCGGGAAUGGAGUUUAAUUCUUUUGAAGAAUUAAUGGAUUAUUAUAAGCAAUAUGCUAAGAAAUCAGGGUUUGGGGUAAUGAUAAGAAGGACUGAUAAAGGGGAUGAUGGGACUGUCCGAUAUGCCACCCUUGGUUGUGCCCGUGGUGGGAAGGCCCGGAAUAGGACAUUGAAUGUCGCUAGACCACGUCCAACAGGAAAGACAGAGUGUAAGGCAAAGGUUAAUGCCUUAAAAGUUGAUGGAAAGUUCCGGUUGACAACAGUGAAUAAUCUCCAUAACCAUGGCCUUAGCCCAAAUAAAUCUCGCUUCUUCCGAUGUAAUAGAGAAGUGAGUGACUCUGUAAAAAGAGUCCUAGAUAUAAAUGAUAUGGCUGGGAUCCGAAUGAAUAAGAGUUUCGGAUCUCUCGUCGUUGGCGCUGGUGGAUUCGAGAACCUUCCAUUUUUAGAAAAGGAUUGUCGUAAUUAUAUCGACAAGGCAAGACAUCUAAGGCUUGGGAAAGGUGGUGCUGAAGCUCUUCGAGAGUAUUUUUGUAGGAUGCAGUACAAAAAUCCUGGUUUCUUUGCACUGAUUGAUUUGGAUGAUGACGGGAGGUUAAGGAAUGUCUUCUGGGCAGACCCCCGUAGUAGGGCAGCCUACCAAUAUUUCGGGGAUGUGGUGACAUUCGACACUACAUACCUGACAAAUAGGUAUGGGAUGCCCUUUGCACCAUUUGUUGGUGUAAACCACCAUGGGCAGUCUAUUCUGUUGGGAGCAGGAUUGAUUUCCAGUGAGGAUACAGAGACCUUUGUGUGGUUAUUCCAGACGUGGUUGCAGUGUAUGGAUGGUAUCGCUCCGAAAGCUAUUAUCACCGAUCAGGACAGAGCGAUGAAAAAUGCAAUUGCUAUUGUCUUUCCUGAAAGCCGACAUCGACUUUGUUUGUGGCAUAUUCUGAAAAAAGUUCCCGAGAAGCUGUCCUCUUAUGCUUCCUACAAAAGUGGGAUGAAGAAUGCAUUGAUGAAAUGUGUGUAUGAUACACAAACUGUUGAUGAGUUUGAGAAAUGUUGGGAUCAUUUUAUCACCUCUUACAAGUUGCAUGAGAACGCCUGGCUUUCAAGUUUAUACACUGAGCGUGAGUAUUGGGUGCCAGCAUUCUUGAAGGACUGUUUUUGGGCUGGGAUGAGUACAACGCAACGCAGCGAGAGCAUGAAUGCUUUUUUCGAUGGCUAUGUUCAUGCAAAAACAAACUUGAAAGAAUUUGUCGAUCAGUUUGAUAGUGCGUUGAAAAAAAAAGUUGAGAGUGAAAAUAACGCGGACUUCCAUUCAUUUAGCGUUACCAUUCCUUGCAUAUCUAGAUCUCCUAUCGAGAAGAGAUUUCAAGAACUGUACACAAAUGCUAAAUUUAGGGAAGUUCAGAUGCAACUUACUGGCAUUAUCGAUUUGGAUCCAGAGUUACUUAAGAGGGAUGGUGCAGUAAAGACCUAUCUAAUAGAGGACGAAGUUCGGGUUGAAGAGUUCAGUAAGUCUGUUACGUUUUCUGUGGACUUUAGUGAGGAAAAUGCAGAUGCUAAGUGUUCGUGUGGUUUAUUCCAGAUGAGGGGUAUAUUGUGCAGGCACAUUCUCGCUGGGAUCAACGGCCAGAUGCUUCCAGAUAUGCAAGUCUAUUAA